CUGUUGACCGUUGGCGACGCUUCCGCUACUCGACGCUUUCGGAGGACCUCCUGCCGAGGCCAUGGCGCCGGUGUCUCGCUCGCGGAGCCCAGAGGAGUCGCCGCCCUCACGGCGGGAGCGGAGCGGCAGCUCAACCAGCCCUUCCCCGCCCAGGUCCAGCCGGAGCAAGAGGUCCCGCGCCCGGUCUCCGUCCCGGUCUCGGUCCCGCGAGCGCGGCGGCAGCGGCGGGUUCCGUCAGCGGCCCGGCCCGCUUCACCACUUCGGCCACCGUCAUGGCCCAGAGCACUACGGCAAGGAGCAGGAGGAGUCGCUGAGGCAGAGGCGAUUAAACGAGAGAGAGAGAAUAGGUGAACUUGGAGCACCUGAAGUCUGGGGAUUCUCACCAAAGGUUCCUGACCCAGACUCUGAUGAACACACUCCUGCAGAAGAUGAAGAUGGUACAUCUAAAAAGAGCAGCUCUUCUGAUUCCAGCUCAGAAGAGGAAGAGAAGAGGAAGAAAAAGAAGAAAAGGAAGAGAAAAGCUGUUUCACGUAUGUAUGAACCUGUUGUGCAAGACUUGUGUUCCGACAUUUCAGGUGGUGAGGAAAAAAAGAAAUCCAAGAAGAGGAAAAAGAAGCAUAGGAAAAAAAAGUCCAAGAAAAAAAAGAGUAAAAAAAGCAAGAAAGACUUCAGCGAGUCAAGCAGCGAAGAUUCUGAUGAUGACGAACAGCAAGAGGAUGAUCUCUGGAUUGAGAGAUCAAAAAAUGCAGGUGCUGUGGAUUUCAUAGGACCAGAAGCUCCCAUUACUCAUGCCUCUCAAGAUGAUCGGCCCUUGAACUAUGGACAUGCUUUACUCCCCGGUGAAGGAGCUGCCAUGGCGGAAUAUGUAAAAGCUGGAAAACGCAUCCCUAGGAGAGGUGAAAUUGGUCUAACCAGUGAAGAGAUAGCAUCAUUUGAGAAGUCUGGCUAUGUUAUGAGCGGCAGCAGGCACCGGAGAAUGGAAGCCGUGCGUCUGCGUAAGGAGAACCAGAUCUACAGUGCCGAUGAAAAGAGGGCCCUGGCAUCUUUCAACCAGGAGGAGAGGCGGAAGAGAGAGAACAAGAUUCUGGCAAGCUUCCGAGAGAUGGUCUACAGGAAAACUAAGGGCAAAGACGACAAAUGAAUGGGACGCUCUUCUUGUGCAUAUUGACAACCGUCACCUGUUACAGCGAUUUGCAAACAGGUUCCAGCAUCACAGCCCUACUUGCAGGGUGUACUGCUGGUUGAACUUCAGGAAAUGGUUUAUAUGUAUCAAUAGGAACCAUGACAGGUUAUGUGGAUAGCCUGUUCACAGAUUUGCUGUAUAGCAUUAACAGCAGCAGAAGGACAAUGGCCUAAAUGAAAUGAGACAAGGCUCUAUUACAGACUAUCCCAAAAUAUUGCUAGGAAUCCAAGGUACUGUGCCGGUUGGUGGAUUUAAAAGACAUUUUGUAAAAUUCUGAACAGCAAAUCAAGACGUGUGGAAUUGAAACCCGGCAUUUUGUUAAGGUUGCUUUGUUUUCAAUCCUUUGCUAAGAGAAUGUUGAGU